UCAUUUUUGCUAUCAUAUUUUUGCCUCUGAAUGCUUCUUUUUAAAUAGUAAUCUGUUAUUAUGGUUGCAAUAGUAUAUCAUAUCUCAGGAUAUUGAUUAUACAUAUAAUUUUUUUUAAAGUUUCCUCCUCACUGAAUGUUUUCUGUUUCCUAAGAGUUGCUGCCCUCCCCCGUCCCUCACCCCCACCCCGUUUAUGUCUCUAUGGUGCCACCUUCCAUGUAGUUUCUGAAGUUGUCAAAUCCCUGGGUCCUCUACUUACCUCUUGCUGUCGGGUAAUUUCUGUUCCUUUUCCCCAGCAAAGGGCAGGUUUGGGGCGACCCCUGCACUGGGUAGAGUGCAUAUUAGAUUCUGCAUCCUUUUCCUCAAUUCAGCUCCCAGGACAUUUACAACCAGAUCUGUACCCUCCCUGCAGGAAAUUUUAGGGUCUUCUCUAGUUGACUAAUCAGCCUUAAAAGAAAAGAUACAAAGAUAAUCACAUUGGAAAUACACCAACUAAACGGCCCAACCAAAUUACGUUAAAGCUACUCAACAAGCCCCUUCACUUCCCCAAACAGCUGAAAUAUCAUUUAAAAUAUAAAUCGAAAUGAUUCAUAUUGAAUUUAUGGUGUGGACGAGGGGAUACUUUCAAGCUCUAUCAUUAAGGGUGAGGUAGAGAAGGUUUUACGGAGGUUGGGAAGGACCUCCUUUCUCUAGAGGGCCUCCGGGGAGAGCCGACUUCCAGAGCGGCCUACUCGGCGCCUGACCUGCAGGGGGCGCCACUGCGCACGGCCGGCGGCUGCGCGGGAAGGGCCUCUCUGGAAGUAAAGGAAGAAAGCAAAGAGACGGGAGGAAGUCGCUGUGACGCUCAGCCCCGCAGUCUCCGAGGCGGAGCUGGUGGUGUGCUCUCUGGAACCUGACUCCAGGUUCCAGGGCCACGCUGGCUGCGCUUGGAGCCGAGGACUCGCGAGAAGGCAGGAUGCUCCUGGCAGGCCAUAUCGGCGAGGGGCCGGCAACCUCGGUGACAUAAAUAUUGCAGCUCUUGUUGGAAAUGAACAAAUCGGUGAAGGUACAGAUAAUGGUGAUCUUCCUUCCUAUGUGUCUGCAUUUAUAGAAAAGGAAGUUGGAAAUGACCUUAAAUCAUUAAAGAAACUUGAUAAACUCAUAGAACAGAUGACAGAAAGUAAAAUGCAGUUAGAAGAACAGGUACUUACAAUUUCAUCGGAAAUCCCUAAAAGAAUUCAGAAUGCUUUAAAAAAUGCAGAAGAGUCAAAGCAAUUUCUUAAUCAGUUUCUGGAGAAAGAGACUCAUCUCUUCAGUUCCAUUAAUAGCCAUUUGCAGACCGCACAGCCCUGGAUGGAGGAUCUUGGGGCCAUGAUUAACCAAAUUCAUGAGAUUGAACGGCAUCUUGCUUACCUUACAUGGAUUUCACAAAUUGAAGAACUAAGUGAUAACAUUCAGCAAUACCUAAUGACCAAUAAUGUCCCUGAGGCAGCUUCUACUCUGGUGUCUAUGGCUGAACUUGACAUCAAGCUUCAGGAAUCAUCUUGUACUCAUCUUCUUAGUUUCAUGAGAGCCACUGUUAAAUUCUGGCACAAAAUUCUCAAAGACAAGCUUACAAGUGAUUUUGAGGAAGUUUUAGCACAGCUUCAUUGGCCAUUCAUCACAUCUUCUCAGUCUCAAACUGUUGGCUUAAGUCGACCAGCCAGUGCUCCUGAGAUACAUAGUAACCUGGAGACACUAUUUUGUCAGCUUCUGAAACUACAAACCUCAGAUGAAUUAUUUACAGAGCCAAAACAACUUCCAGAAAAAUACUCUCUUCCUGCAUCUUCGUCUGUCAUCCUGCCUAUCCAGAUUAUGCUCACUCCCCUUCAGAAGAGGUUCAGAUAUCACUUCCGAGGGAACCGACAAACUAAUGUUAUAAGCAAGCCUGAAUGGUACUUGGCUCAGGUGCUUAUGUGGAUUGGGAACCACACGCAAUUUCUGGAUGAGAAGAUUCAGCCAAUAUUAGAUAAAGUAGGCUCUUCAGUAAAUGCAAGGCUUGAAUUUUCUCGGGGCCUUGUGAUACUAGUCCUGGAGAAGUUAGCUGCUGAUAUUCCUUGUUUGCUCUAUGACGACAAUCUCUUUUGUCACUUGGUGGAUGAGGUGCUGCUGUUUGAAAGGGAACUGCACAGUGUUCAUGGCUAUCCUGGCACGUUUGCUAAUUGUAUGCAUAUUCUGUCAGAGGAAACCUGUUUUCAGAGGUGGUUGACUGUGGAGAGAAAAUUUGCUCUUCAAAAAAUGGACUCAAUGCUUUCAUCAGAAGCUGCCUGGACAUCCCAGUAUAAGGAUAUCACUGAUGUGGAUGAGAUGAAAGUGCCAGACUGUGCAGAGACUUUUAUGACACUCCUCUUAGUUAUAACUGACCGGUAUAAAAAUCUUCCCACAGCUUCCAGAAAGCUUCAGUUCUUGGAGUUACAGAAGGACCUGGUAGAUGAUUUCAGGAUACGACUGACUCAGGUGAUGAAAGAAGAGACUAGAGCUUCCCUUGGCUUUCGAUACUGUGCGAUUCUUAAUGCUGUGAACUAUAUCUCAACAGUACUAGCAGACUGGGCUGACAAUGUUUUCUUUCUACAACUUCAACAGGCAGCACUGGAGGUCUUUGCAGAGAAUAACACUCUCAGCAAAUUGCAGCUGGGACAACUAGCCUCUAUGGAGAGCUCUGUCUUUGAUGACAUGAUUAACCUGUUAGAGCGUUUAAAGCAUGACAUGUUGACCCGUCAGGUAGACCAUGUUUUUAGAGAAGUUAAAGAUGCUGCAAAAUUGUAUAGAAAAGAAAGGUGGUUGUCCCUGCCAUCUCAGUCCGAGCAGGCAGUAAUGUCCCUGUCCAGCUCAGCCUGCCCCUUACUGCUCACGCUACGAGACCGUUUACUUCAGUUGGAACAGCAGCUUUGCUUCUCUUUAUUUAAAAUCUUCUGGCAAAUGCUUGUAGAGAAACUGGAUAUAUACAUCUACCAAGAAAUCAUUCUUGCUAAUCACUUCAAUGAAGGAGGAGCAGCUCAGUUGCAGUUUGAUAUGACACGGAAUCUUUUCCCUUUGUUCUCCCACUAUUGCAAGAGACCAGAAAAUUACUUUAAACAUGUAAAAGAAGCCUGCAUUGUUUUGAAUUUGAACAUUGGUUCUGCACUGCUUCUGAAAGAUGUCCUGCAGUCAGCUCCCGGGGAACCUUCUGCCACAGCAGCAUUAAAUGAAGUUGGAAUUUACAAACUGGCCCAACAAGAUGUUGAGAUUCUGCUUAAUUUGAGGACACACUGGCCUAACACUGGAAAAUAAUGCAUCUUUUGUUUUUGUUUUGUUUUCCUUUUUUGAACAAGAGGAAGCCAAUUGAAUUAAGUUAUAUGAUGAAGUUCCAAAUUAAUGAAACUGGAUAACUGAAAACUUGACAGAAUCAUUUAUUAUCUUUGACUUAUAGGUUAUCAAAAUGUUGACCAUACUUCCUUAGACCUUCUGUUCCUAAGAAAACAAAAACAGAAAACUCAGAAGCCAUGAAAACUCAGAGUUAAUUCCAUUUACAAUACAAUGCUGAAUAUGUCUUGAAUAAAAUAUAAGAGCAGAAACAGUACAUUAUAACCAACUUUCAGUUCCCUGUGUUAACUAAGGAAGACUGUUGUGGAUAAUCAAACCCAGCAAAUAAAUUUUAAAAAAACCACUUUAGAAUGCAUGUUUUUAAUUGAAGUUCCUAUUUAGUUUGGAAAUUCACUGUAUUUCCCAUAAGAAAGCACAUUAAGAGAGAGUAACGAAAACAGAAUUGCUCUCAUUUUCUAUAAAUAUCCUUCCAUUUAAAAUACUUCCUAGCUCGAUUCCAUAGGCAACCUGUACUUUUAGAUGAAACAUUUCAGGCCACACAGCACUGUGCUUCAGUCUUCUCCAGGGUAGGGAAUGUAAUUAAAUUAUUUUUGUUUAAUAUUUAUGUAACUGAUGAUGAGAUGCGUAUCUUAAACUUUCUGACUUUCCUUGACCUUGGACUAUGUUCAUGAUUUCUUGAUUAAUUCUCAGUGAGUAAAACUUUAAA